CUGACGGCCCGCCUUCCAAACUGUGCCAUGGCCUACUCGGCGAGCCGGCUCCGCUGGUUCGUCCUCUUCUACUACUCGCUCGCCAACAUGAACCAGUGCCUAGCAUGGUUCUCCUUCUCCUCCGUGUCUCGCGAGCAUGCGGAGGAGUACUUUGGCCGCCGGCUGACGCAGUCGACCGUCGACCAGCUCCUCAACUGGGGGCCCAUCAUCGGAGUCCUCUGCUUCCACGCGCAGACGACGGUGCUGCAGCGGCCACGCGGGCUGCAGCGCGGCAUCUGGUGGGGCCUCGGCCUGCUGAUGGGUGGGAAUGUGCUGCGUUGCAUCCCGAUCGCCGUCACCGAGGCGAGUGGCGGCGCGCGGCCGCGAUUCGCCGAGAGCGGCGCUCACUACUCCUUGCGUCCGCCACACGGGCCAAAGGAGCCUUCUCGGAACCUUCUCGGGACCUUCCUGCAGGCGCCGCCUUUGCAAUGUACCACGCCGGCCAGAUCCUCAUCGCCGCCGCAGGGCCCUGUCUGCAUGGGCUCGUCGUCUCACAGCUUCCCUUCCCCUCACCCCGCACCCUCCCGCUUCUCAGGCCCUUCUUCAUGGGCUCGGUCACCUAUUCACAGCUAGAGGUGUGAAGAGACGCUGUUCACAGGCCCUUCUUCAUGGGCUCGGUCACCCGCCUCGCCGUCGUCUGGUGCCGAGAUGCGCCGAGACGCGCCGAGAUGCACCGGAGCGCACCG